AUGAUAACCGAUAUGUACGCGCCGCUCCCGGCGCCUCCAAAUAAAUCAAUUGAACACCCGAGUCUCCGCGGCACGCCUCUGGCGAUGCUCGCAGCGCAGUGCAACAAGCUUUCGAGUAAAUCACCGCCCCCACUUGCCGAUGCAGCCGUUGGGAAAGGAUUUCAUCCGUGGAAGAAGAGCCCUGGCGCACACUCUCCAACAGGGGCGGGUAUGCCGCCACGUUCUCAGGCUUCAGCGUGUUCACCGUAUGCACGCGCUCCUACCUCGUGCGCCGCCGCCCCUUCGUACGGCAAUGAUCUUUAUUUUCCAUCGUCAGGUGAUCAAUUACUGGGAAAGAGUGAAUCUAGUGCCAGUCUAGGAUCAAUGUACUCGAGACAUCCAUAUGAAUCAUGGCCAUUUAAUGUUGGAGGAGGUGGCAGCAGCGGUGCGCUAAAAGCUGCAGAAAUGAGUGGUGUUGGUGCUGUUGGUAGUACAUGGUGGGACGUACAUAGUGGUUGGUUAGAUGUUGGAGGGCAAAUGGCUAAUUAUGCUGGUCAAGAUUACUCUCAACUUACACAUUCACUUUCUGGUGGAGCUCAUUUACUUCCACCUGCACCACAUUUGUUACAAGACGCUUACAAAUCUGUACUGCCUACGCAAGGAUCAUUUGGGCUGCACACGCCAGGUUCACCUGCACCACCGGCUCAAGCACCAUCGCCCAGAUCUCAAAGGCGAUAUGCUGGUCGCGCUACAUGUGACUGCCCGAAUUGCCAAGAAGCGGAGCGACUCGGUCCUGCAGGUGCUCAUCUCAGAAAAAAAAAUAUACACAGUUGUCAUAUACCUGGAUGCGGCAAAGUUUAUGGCAAAACUUCCCACCUAAAAGCUCACCUACGUUGGCACACCGGUGAAAGACCGUUCGUAUGCAACUGGUUAUUUUGUGGAAAAAGAUUUACGCGAUCCGAUGAAUUGCAACGACACCUCAGGACACAUACUGGGGAAAAGAGAUUUGCAUGUCCAGUGUGCAACAAGCGUUUUAUGCGAUCAGACCAUUUAGCAAAGCAUGUGAAAACACAUAAUGGUGGCAAAAAAGGAAGCUCAGAAUCUUGUUCUGAUUCAGAAGAGAAUAGUCAAGGUGAGACUGGUGGUGGUGGACGAUCCCCAGAGCAUCCCUUAGACGUGAAGCCAGGUGCGCUGGUG